UAUCAGGCAGUGAUAUCUGUUAGCACUCUGCUAGCCUUGUCACUCACGACCUUUCUGUACAGUCUGCCUAUGGAAGGAAAGCUCUGAAGCAUACGCAAGGAGCUAGGCGGAGGACAUGCUUUCUGCUCACUGCCAUCCAGCACCCAAUUGAUUCUGCACCAUACCCUAAGGUGAAGGAGUCUGUGACAACAGCGUAGAGGACAACAGAACGAGAGAGAGAGAAAGAGCAAGGGCAGGGUGAGAGAGAGAGAAAAGAGAAGAGGCUGCCAUGAUGGGCACACCUCUGAGGAGGAAAGCCCCGGCUUCUGAGAUGGCUGAGGCCGAACUUCACAAAGAGAGGCUACAAGCUUUGGCGGAGAAGCGAAAAAGGCAAGCUGAGAUUGAGGAUAAAAGAAGACAGUUAGAUGACCUUGUUCUGCAACUUCAACAUCUCAAGUCCAAAGCAACUAGGGAAAGAUGGCUUCUGCAAGGAACUCCAGCAGGACCUCAUGAAGAAGACGAAGGACGGAGGAAACAGAUUGAACAGGAUGAGCUUAACAUCAAGAAAUUAGAGGAUACCAUCCACAGACUGGAAUCAGAUAUCAUACAGCUGGAGAACGAAGAACUGCAAAUUUCCACCAAAGAGCAAGUGCUCAGAGAGAGACUGCGGGAAACAGAGCGCUCUAUCGAAGACCUACAGAAAAGUCUGCAGAACCAAGAUGGAGAUGCAGUGAAUUACAUCUGUUCCCACAUCCCCGACGUCCCAGAGCUGAACUCCCAAACUCCGGCCACAGCUUCGGGGGACCACCAACUCCCAAGGAAACCUGCAUUAUACGCCAUGGAAAUCAGCGUUGAAAAGGACCUGAAGACGGGUGGCACCAAAAUCCUGUCUGCCUCCCCGGUCAGCCCUGAGGAUGCCCACCAGCGGGGCGUCAAGGUCUACGAUGAUGGCCGUAAGGUGAUCUAUGAGGUGCGCUCUGGGGCUUCCACCACACUGGAGAACGGCGUUCACCCUUGGAGCUCAGAUGAGGUGGAGGAACUGAUGGGGUGCGUGGGUCAGAGCCACCAGAGGGCCGACGGCACCCAUGUCCUCGUCACACCGGCUGGUCCACAGGCCAAAGAUGGCCAACAGAGCUACAGGGAGCAGACCGUGCACAAGGAGGCCAAGCAGGAGAUGGUCCGUGGACAGCAGGGCAAGCCACAGGCUACUGGACAGGUGCGUCAAAGCUAUGAGGGUGAGGUGACGGAGCCACCAGAGGCCACAGCUGAGAAACCGGUCACCAUGAUCUUCAUGGGCUAUCACAACGUGGAUGACGAGGAGGAGAGCAAGAAGCUGCUAGGCUUCGAUGGCACCAUCAAGGCUGAGAUUGUGCUCAUCGACGAGGACGACGAGAAGUCCCUGCGGGAAAAAACCGUCACUGACGUGUCCACAAUCGACGGCAACGCUGCCGACCUGGUCUCAGGACGGCCACCCUCCGAAGCCACCGAACUGUCCUCAGAGGGCAAGGACGAAAGCUCGGCCAAGGAGCCGCCGCCCGCAGGCAGUGAGAAGGCUCGCUGUGUGUUGCUGACAGCAGAGAAUGGUCUGUUCCCUGGAGCUGCACUCAGACCCUCACACAGCCCACCAAGGAGGAUUUCAGAGGAUGACAGUGAGCUAAAGAGUGAGAAGAACCUGAAGAGUGUUAGUUUCUUAGACCCAGUAGGUGUGAUCUCCAGUGGCAAUAUGGAACUUGAGACCCAAAGUGAGAGCCAGCAUAACCAUACAACAAGUGGGCAGAAUGGUGUGAGGCACACAGGAGAGGCGCUGGACAGUGAAGUCGCCCAGGAAAUCCGUUACCUUGAUGAGGUGCUUGAGGCCAACUAUUGUGACCCUGGAGCUGAGAUGACUUCAAAUGGAACUUGUUCCCUUGAGCUCCAGACAAUCACUGUUGAAGGAACUGGGCCAUCUGUUCAUGUUUCCAAUGUAUCAUCCUCAGUUAGUCAUGACAUAAUUGUAGAGGGGAACAAACAGACCACCUAUGUUGAGAACACUUUGAAUAGUACCAAACCAAAUGGUCAUUCAGGAAUCAUAAAUGAACAUAGCACAUCACCUGAGUCAGGAACGACAAUCAAGAAAGAGGCCCGUUUUGAGCUUCGAUCUUUCCAUGAAGACAAAAAGCCAUCUAAGCUCUUUGACACACCAACAGAGAAAGAAAUAAGGGUAAAGAAAGUAAGGCCUUCAGAAGAGGUUGCUGAACUAGAGAAGGAGCGCUUGGAACUUAUCAGAGAUCAAGCAGUCAAGAAGAAUCCAGGGAUAGCAGCGAAGUGGUGGAAUCCACCCCAAGAAAAGUCACUGGAAGAUGAGCUGGAACCAGAACAACUGGAGUCACUCAGAAGGUAUGAGGAGAGAAAGAAGAAGAAGCCUGAACCCAGAGAUCUACAAACCUCCCCUAAACAAACAGUCUCCUUUGUCCAACCUGAUGUAGGAUAUAAGGAAGACGUUGUGGUUCAGGGCAUUGAUUUCUCAGCAGCACGACAACAGUUUCUCCAGAUGGAACACAGCAAACAGCAGCAAGCAACGAAAAGAAGUGUGGCUCCCCAGAUCUACUCUGCCAAACCUUUUUUCAGGACCUCAGAUGUUGAUAAGUCAAGCAGCUCGAUCAUAGUCACCAGCCAUGGUCGGGUCACUGUGGAGGAUGGAGACGUGAGCCAGGUCAGAGGGGUUUUAUGCAGUUCUGGAGAUUCCACCACACAUACCAUUGACAAUGAGGCAAAGAAUGAUGACUUUACCUGUGCCCGAGCAGUGAUGACUAUCUUCAAGGAUGAAGAGUCUGAUUUGUACCAGCGGUCCAUGAACAGUUGCUAUCAUCCUGAGGAGAUUGACUCUGGGUUAGAUGACCUGUCCCUCAGGUCUCAGGACACCACUGUGCUUGAGACCCUGUCCAAUGAUUUCAGCAUGGAUAACAUAAGUGACAGUGGUGCCUCCAAUGAAACCAUGAGCGCCUUCUUGGAAAACUCUGCUGGGGAGUACUCUUUUCCCUGUACUCCAAUGGCCACAACACCCAUCAACGGGAAGCUGGAAGGCAGCACAAAAUCACCAGGUGAGCAGAGCAGCUCUUGUACAGGAGACAGCCUGACUGAAGAGGAGCUGGAAUACCAUGCAGGCAUCUUGGUCCAAAACGCAAUCCAUCAAGCUAUUGCACAUCAGACCGACAAUUGGCAACCACUCCAGGUCAUGCAGCAGUCCUCCCCCAUCUCUGAGAGGCAUGUGGAAGUUUCUGAACCCUCGGCACCUGAAGAGAAAUUGCCCUGUACUCCACCUUCUAAAGAAACCUUUCCUGUGGAAGAGAAAAAAGCCACAGCUCCUAAAAUUACUGUACAGGUGCCCACAGUCCAACCCUCUCCAGCUAUUCCAGUGAACACUUAUAGGCCUCCAAGUCCUUCUCCCCCACCAAGUGAGAAGUCAGAGUUCAGCUAUUUCAGUAAAUACUCAGAGGCAGCAGAGCUCCGAAGCACAGCAUCUGUGACCCGUGCCCAGGACACGGAAGUCACGUCAGGGCCCUUCAAGCUGCGCUCACGCAAGCAGAGGACAUUGUCCAUGAUUGAGGAGGAAAUUCGGGCAGCUCAAGAGCGAGAGGAAGAGCUUCGGAGGGAGCGGCAGGCCCAAAGCUUGCGUCCCAACCCCAAUCCCACUGUCAAGCAAAGGACAAACAGCCUUCCAGCCAAACUGGUCCUCACUGGGAAAACAGCUCCAGGUAAAAUUGAGAAGAUCCGCACUGCACCUCCAGUAUCCCCUGCCUCUUCAAAUGGUGCUCCCUCCCCUCUGUCUGAUUUGGGAAGCGAUGACUCAGGUGGGAGCCAGCGGCCCAAGAACUUCAUGCAGACCCUGAUGGAAGAUUACGAAUCACACAAAGUCAAGCGCAGAGAGAAGGCAGAGGACAACAGCUAUGCCCGUUUAUUGCUCGCUAAUGAUGUUACAUCUGAGGUUCUGGAGGCAACGCGAGUGACCCGCCGAAAAAGCAACAUGGCUCUGCGAUGGGAGGCAGGAAUUUACGCCAACCAGGAUGAAGCUGAGGAGGAUGAGGAAGAGGAGGAGGAGGAGGAGGAGGAAGAAGAGUAAGCCAACACCAACUAAAGAAAGAGAGAUGAAAGAGUGAGAGGAAAAGAGAACAGAUCUGAAGAGGUGGUUCUUGUAUUGAGAUGACUACAAGUAUUUAUUCUGAGUUUAUACUGCAGGAGCAAGUCACUGAUUCAAGGCACUGCACUGGAGCUGUGUUCACCCAGUGGAGCCAAAGACCAUCCAUGCCUCAGAGGAACUCCAUGCAACAACACAAUAAGCAACAGACCAGACGUCCAAACCUUAUAGUGCUUUCUGUUUCUUUCCUCAUUUCCAAGCUUUUUUUUCCCAGUGGAUGGGUGCAGUAGGUUGGAAAGAUAUGCAAAGACAAUUUUCUUUUAUGGUUGGGUUAUUGAUUUCAAGUGACAUUGAACUGACGUUGCCAAGUGACAUAUGUGAUGAUCGGAUCUUAUUUAAAGCAUGCUUUUAUGCUGCUACGGUUUUGUGGCUACGGAGACAUGACAUAGGAUGGAACAGAAUAUGUCUGAAUGGAAAAUUUCCUUUCAAAUUGGAGCACUUGAUCUAGAGAAGAAAAAAAACAGGAAUUUGUUGUAAUUUGUGUAAUUUUCAUACACCAAGUUUUAUGUCGAUUGUGUAAAGCCAUGUUCAGGCUAUACGUUCAAGCCUAUAAGUAUUUGACUUGGUAAAAGGUGGUUAUAAAUGCAGUCAUAAUAAUAGCAUAAUACAUGCAAUAACUUGAAAGGGUGGGGGUACAUAAUUUGCCAUAUUGAAUUAAAAUAGAAGAAAGUAGGGCACAUAUUAGACUUUGACUUUGGAAAGUACUUGUUAGAUACAACAGUAGGUUUGUCCAGGUUUGUAAUGCACAAUGAUAUUCAACCAGUCAUAUAUUAGUCAGUCAGUAACAUAGAGAGGAAGAGAGAUAUUGAAGAAAGCUGGAGAAGGGCUUGUCUAAAAGCUGCUUGUCUAUUCUUUAUUGACAAACGACAGGGAACUGGCUACAGGAAGGCGUCAGGAUGAUGUAAUCUAUGGACAUUUGCAGGCUAAACCACAUGCUGACUGCAGAAGUACUUUCAAACUACAGUCUUGUGGUCAAUUUGAAACCAUUUAAUAAACAACACACAUUUUCCCUCUAGACAAUCCUAUUUUGCUUGUCCAGAAUGACAAUGGAUUUAUAUUUUGCUAUCUUGUAUGAAAUAACAUAUUCUGGGCAUUUCAAAAAUAAAUGAGUACAAUACAGAGCAGUUAAGAGUUAUAGGGUUUUAGAGGACUUGCAAACUAGUUUUUUUUUUUUUUGCUGCCAUGUCUUGCAUUUACCUAAUCCAGUAUGGUAAUGGUAAACAUGGUAAAUUCCACGUUUUGGGAGCAAUGAAUCAAUCAGUCCAUCUAAGAAAAUGCAAUGGAAUCUUUAACAAGUUGACGUUUUACUAUUGAGCUAUGUGGACUGUUUCUCUCCUGGAUCAUUUUGGCUCAUUCAAAUAGAAUUUGUAAAUGACUCAAUGAAAUACGAUUGUUAUACAGAGGCGUUGUAAAUAAUUAUAUUCAUAUAAAUGUCUGGAAAGUGGGAAUACUUAGAUUUUUCUGUUUCUGUUAGCAGCAUAUUAAAAAACAUAGUAAGUGCCCAAAAUAAGACCCAAGGGGUGGAUGGGAGUUUGAUAACAAAAUGAGACUUGAUCACGGAGAACAGCAACGUCUUUGGACAGUUUUGGAGACUGCUACUUUACUCUUGGAUUUUCUGCCUUCUACCUGAGGCCUUUUUCAGCCCCUAAACAAUAAAGCUAUGGAUUGCUGAAAGGAAGCAUAUCUGAAGAACACUAUUUCUGUGCAUAUGUGCAGAAAACCUUCUUUUACAUGCAUAAAUAUAUAACAUGAAAGUAUUUAAUGUCCCAAUAUAAGGAAAAAAAAGUUUGUAGUUUUUGGAUUAGAUACACCCUCUUCUUAAAGGCUGUGUUAUGAUGCGACAUACACACAGACAAAUUUAUACUUAAGUGACAUUGUUGAUUAAAUGGUUAUGGGUUUUUCAAAGGUUUUUGUUUGAUAAGAAUGAACUGGCACAUAGCCACGCCUACAGAACUGUGGAAAAGUAAGAGACCAUCCUUCAUUUAAUUUCUAAUCAAAAUGGCCAAUCAAAAAAAAAAAAAAACAAAUUUAAAGAAAAAUAAGCAUAAAAGCCACAAAAACAAAAUGCAAUAUAAACAUUUUUAGUAUUUAGUGUGUCCAGACUUUGACCUUUAUUACAACAUCCAUGGUUGUAGGAGACUCACUUUCAGUUUCUCUAAAGAAAUCUCCAAGUAUAUUUUUCCUCUCCUCCAAAGUUCAGCCUUGAUUUCACCUUCCGCUUCUGACCAUCCAGAUAAUCCCAAGCACAUUCACUGAUGUUGACUGGACCUGAUUUUCUGCUCUCUUUCGAAGAUGAAAGAUUUUAUCUGUUUAUCUAAUGGUGGUUUUGGUGGUCUACCAGGUCUUGCACGGUGAAUCUAAUCUAUUCUAUUACGUACAUACAUAAUGGCUGUUUUGACCAGAGAUGACAUAAAUAAAGAGUGGUCUCUGACUUUUGCACAGUACAUGACAAAGAUGCUUUUGCAAGAAUAUAUUUAAUGGAUUGUUACAGUGUGAUUGUAUACCAUAAUUGUAGAUUUUUUUAAUUGAGCGAGAGCACAGUAGUGUUUUCUUCUUUUGAUGGUUGGUGGAACUUAAAAAAAAAAAACGUAACAUUAGGAUUCUGCUCGGUAAGGAUGUGAUUUUUACUCAGACUCUUUGAUGUGUUAUGACUUGGUUAGUAGACAAAUAUUUUGAAUAUUAUAAGGGGGAAAUAUUUUUUAUUUGUGCAGUGAACUAUUUACAUUGUAUCUAUGAAUGGGAAAUAGUUUUAUGGAGGCUGGCAUUUUAAUACCAUGUAUGUGCAUUAAUGGAAGUUUAUGGCCUGUAUUCUUUUUUUUUUCGUGUGUGUGUGUGUGUGUGUGUGUGUGUGUGUGUGUGCAUGAAUAUGUGUACAUGUGUGUUGGGGCAACAUGUCUGGAGUGAGCAGUUAAUAGAGUUCCUGAAAUAUAUGCAAAGGUCUUUAGCACAUCCAGAUCAUCCUCAGUGGUUCACGCUAAUGUUCUGCAUGGAGUGAAAAGAGGUGAACAGAGCUAAAGUGUAGCAAUGCGUGCGCUAAUAAAUUUGCCAUAUGUAUUGUGAGUAGUUCUGAGUAGGAACAGUAUGUUUGCUUUAGGAACAGUAAAAUUCACAAAUACUCGCUUUCAGCUGUACUGUUUUGGUAUUAUAUCACUAGGUCAAUUUGAAGGCAUGCUCUUCCAAAGUCUCAGAAAUCUGCAAAAAAAGGCUCAUUUCUAAAAACAAGCCAAUGUUAUUGGGUUAUUGGGUUACAAGGUUACAACCAAUACAGCCAGUCUAACAGAACAGUAAGGGCUCUUGUGGAUACCAGAGGGAAUGAUAAAUGGGCAGAUGAGCGA